AUGGCUCGGGUGUGUGGACUGGGCCUGCUGUUGGUGCUGCUGCUGCCCAUGGUUGGCACCUCCAUGCCAGGCACCAUGGUUAGACUCAACAAAGCAACACUGAGUUAUGUGUCUGAAUUCGGGAAAGCCCCUCUCCAGCAGGCCCUGAACGUCACUCUCCCAUAUUUCCUGGACCAAAGUAGAAAGAUACUCCAGCCCACGAGGAUCCAGAUUCUGAAUGUGAAUGUGGCCCGCCUUCACCUGAAAUUUCUUGCAGAUUUUGGGGUGCACAUGUUUGCAGCUGCCACUUUUAAUUUUAAGGUCCUUCGGGUCCCAGAGCCCCUGGUGCUAACGAUGCCCGUGGUACUGCUGGCUGAUGCCCGCGUGGCCCAGGGCUCCAUCCAGACCCCUGUUGUCAGCAUCUCUGCUUGCUCCACACUGUUCGGCAACAUUAACGUGCUUGAGGACAGCAAUAGUGCCUCCCCAACACUGCUGGUCCUCUUGCAGAAACACAUUAAAGCUGUCUUGAGCAACAAGCUGUGCCUGAGCAUCUCCAACCUGGUGCAGGGCCUCAAUGUCCACUUGGGCACUUUAAUUGGUCUCAACCCUGUAGGCCCUGAGUCCCAGAUUCGCUAUUCCAUGGUCAGUGCCCCCACCAUCACUGAUGACUACAUUUCUCUGGAUAUCAAUGCAGUGCUCUUCCUGCUGGGCAAACCCAUUGUUCUGCCUGUUGAUACCACCCCCUUCAUGGUGCCACUGCACGUGGACACCAAGGAUACCAUGGCAACUGUAGGCCUCUCCAAGGACCUGUUUGACUCUGCCCUCCUGCUGCUGCAGAAAGCUGGGAGCCUCAACUUGGACAUCACAGGGCAGCUGAACUCAGAUGACAACCCGCUGAACACCUCUGCACUGGGCCAGCUCAUUCCUGAGGUGGCCCGCCAGUUCCCUGUGCCCAUGCCUGUGGUGCUCAAGGUGCGGCUGGGUGCCACUCCGGUAGUCACACUGCAUACCAACAAUGCCACACUACAACUGCAGCCCUCCAUCGAGGUCCUGGUUGCGGCCUCCAACUCUGCCUUCCAGUCCCUCUUCUCCCUGGAUGUGGUAGUGCACCUGAGCCUCCAGUUUUCCGUGUCCAAGGUGAGGCUCCAGGGGACCACAUCUGUGCUGGGGGAUGUUCAGCUCACCGUGGCCUCCUCCAACGUGGGUUCCAUUGAUAUGGAUCAAAUGCACACCCUCGUGGGCACUGUGUUUGAGAAGCCCCUGCUAGACCACCUCAAUGCUCUCCUGGGCAUUGGAAUUGCCCUCCCCAAUGUGGUCAACCUCCACUACGCCUCCCCCAAGGUCUUUGUCUAUGAGGGCUAUGUUGUGGUGUCCAGUGGACUCUUCUACCAGCGCUGA